UCUUCAUUUGGGAAGCAGAACUGCCAGGAGACCUUGAAAGAACUGGGAGUCUCCUUAGAAGCAGAAGCCCAGCAGGAUGAAUUGCAAAGAGGGGGGCUGAUUCUUGGAAACACAAUGUGACUGACCACUGCAGGACCCAGGUGCUUGAAGAGCCCUGAGAAGCAACUGCAGGGUGGACUCACCAGGUAGGAGAAGGAAGACACAGUCAGUCUUAAUUCAAGGAGGGAGCUAAACAUUUCAAGAUGCUCAGAGAAAGUCAGAAGCAACUGCGAAGACGUUAAAAACCACUCAAGCCCUGGGAAUCACUCAGCCGGUGCCGUCUCCGUGCGUCUAGUGGGGAAGCAGGCAGCCCUGCAGCAAUAGGAGAUGAAAAGGGGAUGGCACGGGUGCUUCUGGAAUGCAGUCUCAGUGACAAACUGUGUGUUGUCCGGGAACAGCAAUAUGAGGUUAUCAUUGUCCCCACCCUCCUGGUUGGUGUCUUCCUCAUCCUUCUUGGGGUCAUCCUGUGGCUCUAUAUCAGAGGACAAAGAGCGCAACAAGAUACCUCUGGACUCCAAGGCACUAGCCCCAUGCCUCCUCCAUCGAGGGGCCUAAGCUGGGAAGCAGAAGGUCGGGGAAGAAAUGAGUUUGUGCGACUUGAGACGUCAGUGGAAGGCCUCUUACGAGUCACCACACCUGCUCUGGCUAAGCUGCAGGUGCCCAGGGAACACCUCUCUGAUGUGCUGGAGCAGAUCCACCAUGGUAGCUGUGGAGCCAUCUAUCGAGCCCAGAUGCACACUGGGGACCCCGCUAAGUCCAAGAGGGUUGUACUCAAGGCCUUACGAGAAUCAGCUGGGCUCCAGGAGGUGCAGGACUUCUUAGGGCGAAUCCAGUUCCAUCAGUACCUAGGGCAUCACCAGCACCUGGUGCAGCUGGAGGGCUGCUGCACUGAAAGGCUGCCACUUUACAUGGUGCUCGAAGACGUGGCCCAGGGAGACCUGCUCAGCUUUCUCUGGACUUGUCGCCGGGAUGUGAUGACCAUGGAUGGCCUUCUUUAUGACCUCACAGAAAGACAAGUGUAUCACAUUGGGAAGCAAGUCCUUCUGGCUCUGGAAUACCUCCAGGAUAAGCAUUUAUUCCAUGGGGAUGUGGCAGCCAGGAAUAUCCUGAUCCAGUGUGAUCUCACGGCCAAGCUCUGCGGGCUAGGCCUGGCUUAUGAAGUCCAUGCCCGAGGGGCCAUCUCCCCUACUCGAACCAUAGCUCUCAAAUGGCUUGCCCCAGAACGCCUUCUCUUGAGACCUGCUGGCAUCAGAGGCGAUGUCUGGUCCUUUGGCAUCCUCCUCUAUGAGAUGGUGACUUUAGGUGCCCCGCCGUAUCCUGAAGUCCCUCCUACCAGGAUCCUGCAGUACCUCCAGAGAAGGAAAAUCAUGAAGAGACCCAGCAGCUGUACACAUGCCAUGUAUAAUCUUAUGAAAUCCUGCUGGCGCUGGAGUGAGGACAGCCGUCCCUCACCUAGAGAGCUGCGCUUGCGCCUAGAAGCUGUGGCAAGAACUGCAGAUGACAAGGCUGUGUUGCAAGUACCAGAGUUAGUGGUGCCUGCACUGUAUGCAGCUGUGGCUGGCAUCAGUGUGGAGAGCCUCCCCUACGGCUAUACGAUCUUCUGAGAACCCCAAGUCAAGAAUAUCUAUAUAUUCUUGGAAUCAACUUCUUCCAGGACUGAGAAUGGAUUUUCUAAGGGGACAUGAAGGGAGAGAUGGAACAUGGAUACUGGACCUUCUCCUACUAAUUCCCCUAGAUACCUGAGAUGAUGUUGGCUCAGGCGCUACAUAUCAGAGCCUUGAGGCUGAGAAAUACUUUGAGUCUCAUUUCUGAUGCUCCAAUCCUCAAGAUUAUCUUCAAGACUCAAAACCUUGGUGAUAAAAGUUGUCUUGGAAAUAUGCAACGCUUGUUGGGGCACAGUACAGAUUAGCUGGCGUUCUGCCCUCCAAGAGCCAUCCUCCUGUGGAAGUUUGAUUCACACUUGUUGGAUGAGUGUUGGGUUGCUAACCACGAGGUGAGGGUUCAGAGUCACCAAUCACUUCACAGGCUAAAUAUGAGGUCAUCUGCUAUAAAAAUAUUUGGCCUCAAAAACCCUCUAUAUACUCACUGUGAGGCAGAAUGGACUACUCGCUGUGAGUCAGAAUGGACUGGUGGCAAUGGGCUUUUUUAUAAGGUCUAGAGACAUGGAGGGAAUUGGAAGUCAAUAAAGCAGUUGAUGAGAAAGAGAGACAAUUGAAGUGUGUUUAGCAGUGUACAUAUGGACCAACUGCAUCUUUCAAAGAGAUAGUGGAAGAAGGGCAUAACAUCCCUGGACUUGUGAUCUAGGGAUGGAAAAGAAGUAUUAGGGGAAAUGUCCAGUACAGCCAAUCUCUUUUUAUCUGAGAUUGGUGAAACCUGUUGGCAUUGCUUUUAACUAGAGGUUGAAGAAAUUGAUUCGUGCAUAAGAACAUGGUCUAUACAUUGCUCAUCAGGCUAGCUUCCCAGUCCCUAUAAGACUAAGGAGGCUGAGCGUAGAGACUCAAAGUUCAAAGUAAUGAAAAUGCUGUGUGUAUGUGUUUAUUUUGUAAACAUGGAAACCCAACAUGAAAGGUUAGUAUUUUAAAUAAGGGAUAGAAAUAGAUGUAGUCUGAGAAGGGAAGAUUGCAGCUUCUAACUUUGAACCAUUCAUUUAUAUGCUGUAAAAUUUAUUUUAUUUAAUAUUUAUUGAGGGAUUAUAGACUUUUCUAGCACAUAGCUGUCUUAUCUCUACAAUAAAACCAAAACCCAUUGCCGUCUAGUUGAUGCUAACUCAUAGCAACCCUGUAUGACAGGGAAGA